GGUGCCGCUCAGGACAGCAUGGCCGCGGCUUCUCAUCCUCCGGAGCGAAUGCUGCUGCCCGCACUUCGAGGUUGGGUGCAUCCCCGGGGGAGCGGCGUUGGCUUCGGCCGCCGCCAGUGCCCUCUCGGAGCUAAAAGGUAUCUCCUCACAGAAAAUAUUGUGAAAUUAAAAGAAUUCCAGCAUAAGAAGGUGACUCUUGCCAACAACCUCCCUGGCACCAAAGAAAUAUAUUUUAGAAAUUUGGAAGAGAAAUUGACCCAGAACAAACUGAUCUUGAAGGAGGAGCUGAAAACCUUGCUUCAUUUGUGUGACUCCCGGGACGACAUGCAGCUGGCUAAAAAUGUCAUUUACAGGUACCACACGGAGAACAGAAAUGUCAGUUUGGGGGAGUACAAGUUUGGACCGCUCUUCAUGAGGCUCUGUUACGAGCUGGAUCUCGAGGAGGCUGCCCUGGAGCUCAUCAGAGACCAGCAUUUACGAGGCUUCUUUUCAGACUGUACAUCAUUCAAUAUUUUGAUGGAUAUGCUAUUUCUCAAGGGCAAAUAUGAAAGUGCAUUGGAAGUACUGAUUGAAAUGAAAAAACAAGAUGUGAAAUUCAGCAAGGAUACCUACGACCUCGCGUUUGCAGUCUGCUACAAACUGAAUAGCCGUGAGUCUUUAAAAAUCUGUACGGCAUUACGAGAAGAAGCCCUUAUCAAAGGAGAAGUUCUGUCCAGGAGAGCUUCUUGUUUUGCUGUGGCGUUAGCUCUGAAUCAGAACCAAGUGGCUAAAGCUAAGUCCAUUUUUUCUCAAAUCAUGAAGCCAGAAAGCACAACCUGCAUCAAUUUAAAUAUUAUUAUCCAUCUCCACUCUAACAUGUUGGAAACCCUGAUGAUGAUACUAACGGAUGCUGCAGAAGGAAAUGUAUCAAGCUUUGUGAAAAAACAUGAUUUCAGCAAGCAAGUUUAUCUGGCGUCUGUGAAGGAGAAAGUGCGAGAUGUCCCCAGCCUUUGUGCCAGAUUUGAUGAGAUCUAUGGGAAGCUGCACAUCACUGGCCACGUCACCAGGCACACUGUGGAUGCCUUGCUGUGCCACACCCCCAGGGACAGGACAUCCCAUGUGGAGCUGUUAAACAAGAGGCCGGUCAGCCGUCAGACUUACCAGCCCCUCAGCCAGGCCCUGUUGGCUGAGUAGCCUGAGGCUCAAACGCCCCCGUGGGUCUAAGGUGGAGCUGCCCUGCUUGUGGUGAAUCAUGGACUUCCCAAGAAAGUGGGCGUUGUGCCUUCAGUAGAUACUGUCUGGGUCCUUGGGUCUCCUCCAUGUGCUGCCACGUGUAGUAAGAGCUGGCCUGCCGCUCCCAGAAGGUAGUGAGUGUGCCAUUGUGACCAGUCUGGAGACCAGCAGGCAAGUGAGCUCCCUCAGAAGCAGGGCCUCGCCUGGUAAAGUGCUGGAAGGAAUGUGGACGGGUCUCUAGUGCCAGAGAGAACCCCUACUCGCAAACUGUCAGAAAGGAAUUUCCCAUCUGGCCCUGAGUGUGGCCAACCCCAAAAGACUGAUUUCCAAGGAAGCUUUUCCCUUGCAAAGGAACCCUGGUGGCACAGUGGCUACGUGCUGGGCUGCUAAUUGCAAGAUCAGCAGUUCAAAACCACCAGCCGC